AUGGAAAUCUUACUGUUAAGAUAUUCGACUAUUGUUAAUUGUUUUCGUCAAAACCAACAAAUUUUAGGAGUUGAAGAGUUGAAACAAAUCUUUGACGAUAUUGUUUCUUAUUUAAAUAAAAUUUCUCCUAACAAGAAAAAAACCGAUGGUAUGCAUAUUUUGACAAUUAUCUGUGAUGAAUUAGCCAGUUUGAAUGCAUUUCGAUUAUUUGAUAAUUUGAUUCUAAGAAAUCAUCCAAUUUUCAAUUGUAUUGGACGAACAUUCGAAAUGCUUUUGACAAAAUCAAAUCAUUCACAAACAAUUUCAAUGAUUAAGCAAGAAGAAGAUUGUUUCUCUUCUACUAGUUAUCUCAUUGCACAAUUAUGUUUAUAUCAAAAUGAGCCAAUUGAAUUAUUCUAUGGGAAAGUAUCAAGAGAAAUAUUUCCCGUAACAGAAAAACCAAAUCCAAGAGAUGAAUGUAUAGUAAAAACCAGUAGACAAUCAAAUGAACUUACAGAAAAACCGAAUUUGAAAACUGCACGUUUACCACCAAAUGCACCAGUAGCACGUCCGAUUGAGCUAAGACAACCAGACAUAACAAAAGUAUCCAAACUUAAAAAGUUUUCACAUCAAUUCAUUUCAGUUUCCAAGGAAACACAAAUUGAUCAACCCGUAAUUCAAUCAAAUCAAACCGAACUACCUAUACCGAAGUUUCAGGAUAUAUUUUUGACGAAAUUAUUUUUUGAUCAACUGACUCGUGCCAUUGAGGAUCUAUCUCGAAAUGAAUAUCCUUCAUAUCAUGUCAAAUAUAAAGUUAUAGAUAGAUUUGUUCGCCUCUGUUCAAAACUAAACAUUGUCGAUGAAUUACUCAAUCCGAUUAUAAAAUGUUUAUGUUCGAAAUAUUAUUGUGAUGUAUUUCAAACAAUUCAACUUGAUCAAAUUCGAUUGAAUCCAAAACAGCUCUUUUUUAUUCAUGAAUGUCCACAAUUUCUUGUUCAACAUGAUUUUCUACAACAAGAGAAAAUAAUCACUGAUACAUUACAAAAGGAACGCGAACGUUUAUCGGAUAUAAUUCGACAAGAAUUUGCUGAUCGACUCGUAUUAACUGAAGAAGAAAAUCGUCGUAUCAAAGGUGAUAUGGCAGAAUUACGUGCACGACAACAAAUAGAAUUUGAUAGGAAAAAAGAAGAAAUUGAAUUGUUACAACGAGAAAAAGAAAAAGAAUUAGAAACUGUACAUGAAAAAAUUAAACAAGCAAUUAGUAAAAAAGAUGAGCAAGUACAAGCAUUACGUGGUCAAUUCGAAGCAGCAGUUAAACGAGCUGAUCAUCUUGAAGGUUUAUUAGCACAACAAAGAAAAUUAAUUGCUGCAACACCUUCAAAUGGCAAUAAGAAAGAUAAUGCAAAACAUGUGUUUGUAAGAGGACCAUUUUUGGAAAAAUUAAUUCGAGACAUUGACCAUCUAUCAAAACAUGGAUAUCAACCAAAUGAGCAACGAUACAAAGAUGCUGCACAACAAAUUCGUGUUUGUACAACAGAAGAAACAAACGAAGUAGAAUCAUUAUUAGAUCCAAUAAUAGCAUGUUUAUCAUCGAAAUUUUAUCGUAAUGUUUAUGAGAAAGUUAUUAUUAAUCAAUUUAAAAUUUCUAAGAGUAAUCUUGCAGCAAAACAUUUAUUUUUCAUGCGUGAUUGUCCGGAAUUUCUCAUUCGACAUGAUUACAAACGACAAGAUGAAGUAGCCACUUUACUUUGCACCGAAAUGCUAAAACAUGCUGAAUUCAUUUUUGAACAAAAUUUACCCAAUCUAACUGAAAACGAAGGUGAAGAAGAAACAAGAAAUGCUCAUAUCGAAGCCUUACUUUAUCAUAUUAAAUUGUUAAAUCAUUUUGCACUUACACCAUCUACACGAAAAAACUUUUUGACAACAACAAUAAUAGAUGAAAUCUUACAACUUUUAGAGAAUGAAACACUAGUUCAAAUUACUGGUCGAAUCGUUGAUGUCAAAACUUUGCUUACAAAUGAUUUAGUACAAAAAACAAUCGUCGAAGAAAAAGAAGGAAUUUUAUUUCUCACAAAAUUUUCUUGCAUUAUUUGUCAAGAUAAUCCAACUUCGGACACUAUAAGAAAAAUUCGAGUCACCGCUUUGAAAAUCAUUUGGAAACUUUUAUCGGUAGCACCUGCAUUGAGUAAGAAACUAAAAUUAAAUGAUUUAUUCAUUGAUUAUCUUCUGACAUUCAUAAGCAAAGCUUCCCAAAAAGAAAAAAUACUUCCUAGUAGCAUUAUUUGGAAAUUAGGUGAUGAAGGAACGCUUCGUUUAGAGCAAGCUGGAAAAAAGAAACAGCUUGAGCAAGAAGAUCAUACAGAAAACAACGACACGGCUAUCGACGAUCAAUAUAAUCCAAUUGAUCUAUUGGACGAUUCAGUUUCAUUCGAUCUUAUGAUGAGCUUUAGUGAUGAUUCCAGUGACAUAAGUCUUUGUCGCAAAAUUUGCAAUCGUUUGAAAAAAAAAAAGUUCAAUGUAUAUUUUGAACAGCAAGGAAAGCAUCGACUGGAAUCAAUGAAAAAAGCAGUAUUAGAAAAAAAAAUUUUUCUCGCUUGUUUAUCAGCUAAAUAUCGAAUAUCAAAGGUGUGCAUGGCAGAAAUUGAAUAUGCUUCUAAAAAUGGAUAUCCCAUUAUACCGGUGAUAGUCGAAAAAAAUUACAAAGUAAAAGGCUGGUUGAAUCAUCUUAUUGGUAAAAGAAAAGUUAUUGAUUUCAAACAGGAAAUUUUCGAUGAUGCACUCUUGAAUUUAACCAUUGAAAUCAAUAAAAUUAAAACUUCAGACUAA